CUCAGGGGGGCGCUGCGCACAGUGUCAGCCGAGUCCUCCUCCGAGUCGGUCGGAGUCGCCGUCGCCGCCGCCAUGGGGGCCUGUUUGGGAAUCUGCUCCAUCGCCAGCUGCGUCUCGUGUCUGUGUGGAAGCGCACCAUGCCUGGUUUGUGCUUGCUGUCCUUCCUCCAAGAACUCCGUGGUGACCCGCCUCAUCUACACCUUCUUCCUUCUGCUGGGAACGAUCGUUUCUUGCAUCAUGAUAGCACCGGGGAUAGAGGCCAAGCUGAAAACGAUCCCGGGAUUUUGUGAUGGAAGCUCAGGGAUCCCGUUCGUUCAGGGUCAUGUUAACUGCGACCUCAUCGUGGGUUACAAAUCCGUCUAUCGCAUCUGCUUUGGGAUGGCCGCUUUCUUCUUCCUCCUUUCUCUGAUUAUGAUCCAGGUCAAAACCACUAAAGACCCAAGGAAUGGCAUUCAGAAUGGGUUCUGGUUUUUCAAAUUUCUGGCCUUGGUGGGAAUCAUUGUCGGUGCCUUCUUCAUACCCAACGGAACCUUCUCAACAGUCUGGUUCUACUUUGGUAUCGUCGGUGCCUUCAGCUUCAUCAUCAUUCAGCUCAUUCUUCUCGUUGACUUCGCUCACUCCUGGAGCCAGCUCUGGGUGACAAACAUGGAGGAGGGCAACUCCAAGGGCUGGUACUGUGCCUUGCUGACCUUCACUGUCCUCAACUACCUGGUGUCACUGGCUGCUGUGGUGCUGCUGUACGUGUUUUACACAACCCCCGAUGACUGCGCAGCAAACAAGACCUUCAUCAGCCUGAACCUCAUCUUCUGUAUCAUUGUCUCCAUCGUUUCCAUCCUGCCCAAGGUUCAGGACGCUCAGCCCUAUUCUGGCUUGCUGCAAGCCUCUAUCAUCACUCUCUACACAAUGUACGUGACCUGGUCUGCAAUGACCAAUGAACCAAAUCGGAAAUGUAACCCGAGUCUGCUUAGCUUUGUCCACCCAGCGGGCAGUAACGCAACAGUGUCUCCGUCCACAAGCAGAGUGGGGCAGUGGUGGGACGCCCAGAGUAUCGUGGGGCUGGUCAUCUUCCUGUUCUGUGUGCUUUAUUCAAGCAUCCGAUCCUCCAGCAAUGCUCAGGUUAACAAACUGCUGCUGAGUGAUGAAGAAGGCAAAGGGAAAGAAAAAGAGUUGGCGAUCUCUCAGGAAGAGGAUGGUAGGGAUAACAAGCCGGAAGUGGUCAGCUACAGCUACUCCUUCCUCCAUUUUUGCCUGUUCCUCGCCUCGCUCUACAUCAUGAUGACACUGACCAACUGGUACAGUCCCAAUGUUGACUAUUCGAAAAUGACCAGCACCUGGCCCGCAGUUUGGGUAAAGAUGGCCUCCAGCUGGGUCGGACUCCUGAUCUAUCUCUGGACCCUCGUGGCUCCCCUCAUAUUAACCAACCGUGACUUCAGCUAAAGCCGCUGCCUUUUCACACUACACCAUCAACCUAAAGUUUACUUUAGGCCUUACAUUUUUUUCUUUAGAAAAUCUGCUUGAAACAGUUAAUCACCAAUAAAAUGAAGCCUUAACUGUCACGAUAGGAUUGAUUGGAUGGCACGAUGCCUGCCUUUGUAUUUACUCGCUGCUCAUGUCUGCAUCCUUCAGGUAUUCUAUGUUGCAGAUUAUCCUCAUAACCUCUUCCUCCCCCGCACUCUUACACAGGAACCAACAAGAGGGUCUGAUGGUCAUGUUUGAACCGCGCAAAGUGUUAGAUGUAAGCCAUUGCUACCAAAAUACAGUCUGACCCCGUAUUAGAAGACUUGUAACUGUGAGCCGAUUUGUACCGCUGAUAGUGUGUGAUACUGUACCACUGCGAGAGAGAUUUUCAGCACUGAUUGGAUAGGAAGCAGAAAGUGAUGUCAGUGACCUAACGACAUGGAAGAGUGACCUGUAUCCACUUUUUUUCACAACUUGUUCUAAUGCCGGGCUGGGGCUGUGUCUGAUUUUAUGGCAGCAAAAUAAUAUGUCAUAACGGGGUCAGACAGUAUUGUCCUGCGGAUCAAAACCAUGAUUUGCUGGUAACUUUUCAGUAUUUACUGGUGUAAUGGCAGUGUGUAAGUAGAGGCCAGUGGAAUUAGCUGCCGUUUCGGCCUGAAAUGAGAUCUUUGCUUGUUAGUCCACAGUUUAGAUUCCAGGUGAAGGGCUAUCUUCCAUUUACUUACAACAGAAGCUGAAUAAAUCCAAUGUAGGUCGUAAAUGUAAAUGCAGAAUUUUUCUUACACGUCAGGGGGUUUGUAAGAGUGACUGUAUAAUAGGAAUUUAAUAAGUUUAAUAGGGAUAGAGGUGAGACAGUGGAGAUGGAGUAUCAGUGACGCAUGUGACGAUGCAGAAUGUUUAAACCAUUCAGUUGCACAACUGUAGAAAAUGACAACGUCUCAACGUUGAGUUCUAAAGAACUUAACCCUUGGUUUGUCAGAAGUGCUGUGUAGGAUGCGACGCAUGGGGGAAUGUUUAUCCAGUAGGUGUCAUAACUCAUUUCUCUAUGUUUUCUUGGGUACGACUUUUUUUUUAUUUAGUCAAACUUUCUAUAAACGUGACGAUUUAUCCUAUUCUCUAAAAAUGUAGUGCCUCAUAAACCUGUGCAUGUUUCCGACAAUGUAUUUUGCUAUUUUUACCAGUCAGGAGCGAUGGGUGCAUCGCAAGGGAAUUCCUGUUAGUUAUUAGUACUUUUGCUACUUUACUCCAUGGUAAUGUUUCUGUGAGAGUUUGAUCCGCUUCUCAAGAGACUCGCACUUGGGAGCUGUUUUUAAGACGGCAAAUGAAUAAUUUUUUGAAGUAUAGAGGGCGACACUCCUCAGUGCACUAGUUCGAACUUGCCUUGUAUUCUCUCACUUUUCAGGAAUGUACAAUGGAUUUUUACAAAUUAAAGAUUUUUUUCAAUGCA